AGAACACACUAGAAGAGGUGGGAACUGCCCCUUAGAAGGAAGCUGUUAUGAUAUUUCAAUUCCACUUACUGUACACUGUAGAGUGUUCCUCUUCAUUUUGCUAACUGGAAGGAUUUAUGUGGAGCUAGUGCACAAGAUUCUACUUUUUACAUAAGUUCUGCAGGUAGAAUUGCAAAAAGUGACACAGAGAAGUUUGCCAACUCUCCCUCCCCAACAAACAGAGGAGAACUGAAAUGUGAAACGAUCCAAUGAGCUGUAACUUUUUAAAGAUGUUCAAAAUAUUCUCUCCAAUAAAUCAUGUUACCUUCUACUACUUCAGCUGCAGGAAUUUGCUAAUGGAAUUAUGUUCAUGAAUCCCUGAUGUGUUUCUACCUAGGAUGUACGGUGACUCAGCAGCGUUGGUGUGCUAUCAAGAAAGUUGUACUUUCUGUUAAUAUAGCUGGUUUCAUCUGGGAGUACUGAAUACCAAAUCCGUGGCUGUUGAAGUAUGUCAUUCCAGUUGAUCUUGCAGCUGUUUUUACUGUGUGAACAAUGAACAGAAGGUAUUUGUUGAAUUUGUGGCAAUACUUACCACCCCAGGAAACUGGGAUGAAAAACUACUAACUACUACUACUGUAUUUACAAUACAGCCUUAAGUAUUGUAAUGUAUGUUGCGUUAAAUUCAAUAUUGUCUUCAGUGAAAGCAUAUACAUCUUGUUUUGAAAUUUUCAGAGCAACUCUCACUAGUUUGAGCAGUGAUUAGUCCUGGGUGAUAGACUUCAGCAGGACCAGGCUUCACAAUGAUGGAAGGUAUUUACUGUGAAAACAGUAAGCGUGGAAUUUGGGUCUCUGUGCUUUGAUGUCAUGUGCUUAGAUGUUUUUCUAUCUUCAGUGCACCAUACAGAAAAAAAAAGUGGCCCCAGAAAUAAUUAAGAAGCAAAAAUAAACAAAAAUGGUGCUUUUUUCAUGGCAGUUGGUGAAUUGCUCUGUCUUCUGUGAUACCUGCUUGGCUAAGGGUUCUGUGAGCUGUGCAUCUGUGAGUCCUCACGAAUACAAAUAGUUGCAUUAAUAUCUGGUCCUAAUAAGCUAUUUAGAGAGCAGACUUUAAUCUGAACUCUAGGUGAAUCAUUAAGGCAUCUGUGAAAUACAAGUCAAGCUGACCAUCUCACAGUAUUGCAGAGCGAUCAUCGAGAAGGGUAUUCUCUACUCACAGAAAGAUUAUUGUGCUGGAAAUAAUCCUUUCUGUUCUGCUUCGCUGGAGAAGGGCAGCUGGGCAGCAGCAGAUGCUUGUGCAUCUCCGUCACCCCUGUGGUCCAGCUGCUCGACAGGCUAAACUGAAGCAUCUCUGGUUCCGCUGGUAGCGAUGCUGUCUCUGUCACUGGUGAAGCGUGAAUAAAACCGCUCAGUUUACACUGUUUCUGGCAGCGUUAGGAGCGACACCUGAGAUGACUGCAGUGAUUGAGGAGCAGCUUGCUAGCCUGCGCAUAGCGAAGCGCGCUGCGCCGAGUGCGGAACCCGCUUACUUACUGGAUAUAGACGUUUCCAAACCUGCUCAGUCUGCAAGCAGUCGCUUUGUGGCAGUUUCGUGUUCCAAUAAGUCAAUCAGGGUAUAUAACAGGGAAACAUUAAACUUCCUGCGGGAGUACAGUGGCCGUCCUGGGGUACUUCAUGGAGUCAGGUUUGCACACGCGUGUGACAGCACCGUGUUCUCAGCGUGCAGUGACGGUACGGUAAAAUGUUGGGAUAUUCGUUCAGCAGCUCAGAAAGCUGUGCAGGUAUUUAGUGGCUAUCCUUCCAACGCUUUCAUCAGUUUUGAUAUCAACUGCAGUGAUCUCAUAAUUUGUGCUGGAACAGAAAAAGUUGAAAAGGACACAUUUCUGGUGUUUUGGGAUGCCAGAGGCAUUACAAACUGUGCCAGUGCUACUCAGGAACCCUUGGGAGUCUAUUCUGAAAGUCACAAUGACGAUAUCACUAAAAUUUGUUUUCAUCCUGUCGAACCCAAUUUGGUAGUUUCUGGGUCAACUGAUGGGUUGGUUAACGUGUUCAACAUUAACAAGGAUAAUGAAGAUGAUGCUUUGAUAUCAACUUGCAAUUCAGAUUCCUCAGUAAGUUUUAUUGGCUGGUCUGGGAAAGAUUAUAAACAGGUCUACUGCGUGACACACGACGAGGGGUUUUGUUGGUGGGACACUGCCCAGUUAGAUACAGAAGAGCCAAUAACACUACUGCACGUUUUAGAUGUCAGAGACGCCGUCUGCCCUGAAAACGACAGCUUGCAUUACCUGGUAGGUGGCUUCUACCACGAAAAGGCAGACAAACUCUUUCUUAUUGGGGGAACAUCCACAGGAAACAUCCACCUGGUCGGCUGCGGCAGGGCGGGCCUGGGCCUGGCGGGCACCCUCUGCGGAGGACACGCCGCCCCUGUGCGCUCCUUCUGCUGGAGCCUGGCGGAUGAGUCUCUGCUGACGGGUGGAGAGGAUGCUCAGCUGUUGCUAUGGAAACCCGGAGCUGUGGAAAGGUCCCUCGCAAAGAAAGCUUCUAUGAAAAUUGCUUCUUCCGUGCAGAAGAGAGUAAGAGUUCACAACAGCUCCCUCAAAAGCAGGAAGAAGUAAAAUCCUGAAAGUGGGAGUCUCUGCUGUGUCGAGUUUUCCUGGUGCUUAAUCUCUUGGGCAGUGCUUGGCUGUGCUCUGUUUGGAGGUAAUCUGUGGAGAGAACUGAGAUGCGUGAGUUCUACCUGGGAAUGCAUUUCAGUCACCGGAGGAGUGCACCUCUUUGGUUUGUGCUUUUUUUGGUGUUGGUUGGGGUUUUUUGUUUGUUUUUUGUUUUGUUUUGUUUUUAAGUUGCUAAUAUUAAUCAGAAAAGAAUAAAUGUUUGCUCUCAAGUUCUUGAACAAUAGAUCUUAAAUCAAAUUGUAUAAAAAUGUUUUGGUGGCAGUUUAAUGCCUCAGCCAACAUUUUUAAUGUGUAAUAUAGGCCCAUGGCUUGCAUAAUUUGUUACCUUCCCACUGAAAUUUCCUGGGAUGUUUUAAGAGCUUUUGUAUUUCAUGCUGUAUCUUGCUUUCUUUACAGAGAACUUAAUGAAAUUGCUCAAUAUAUUAAAAGAUUUUAUGUCACAUCUUAAUGCCUGAGGGAAUGACUUCUUGAUGAAACAGAAAAUAAGUCCUGUUUUGCACUGUCAUACCGCUGGUUUAUAACAAGCUCAUAAAGAAGCAGUUGAUAGAGCCGUAUUUUUCAUAGCAAAGAUAUGAAUGUAUUCAAACAGGAACACACGAUUCCAAGCAGCUAAUUUUUAAGUGUUAGAGAACUGUUAAAUUGGCAUUAUUUACGGCACAUUUCCUGCAUGAAAAUACCCAAGAACCUUGCAAGCAGCUUCAUUCUCUCCUGGUAAGUGCCUCUCGGGGGGGUGCAUCUGGAAGACUGGGGAGAUCUUCAGUGGGUUAAAGAAGUUGAUAGGUGUAAUUACACCAGUGGCGCUUAAAAUUCCAAAUCCUGCAUUUGAAAUAAGGUAGUACCACAUGCUAAGUGGGAAUGUUUAAACCAAAAAUGAACGCUGCCUUCUGAGGCUGUAGUUCUGGAGUAACAGACCGAUGUGAGGAAACUUUAACAAAACCUUUUAGAGGUUAAUGUGUAUCCUUCAAGAAAUGUCUCUCUGUGCAGGUUUUAUGCUUAGACAUCUCCCUCGGACAGCUUCGGUUUAGUAUUCCAUCAAAGCCCUGUUAAGUAGUGCCAAAAUUGGGCUGUACUGGGGAAGCAGCUGAGUCUUUACGCUUAUUCUGCUCCACUGGCAGGCCACCAUCCCCGCAUCUGCUCUGCACACACAGGCACCUUCAGCCUUCCGAGGAGCGCUGCAGUGGAACGGCGGCUGGUAAUUCCGCCGUAGGUACCGCCUGUGGCUGCGACUGGGAACAGCACAGGAGUGUUUAAGAAUCGCUGUAUGUUAUAGAACAGUUGGCAAAGGAAUUAAGAGGGGUUGGGUUUAUUUUUUUGCCCGAGGGUGGAUAGCUAAUUCAAAACAAGUUUUGAAUGUCAUGUUUAGAGGAUUAGCCUGGAGUUGAGAACGGGUUUCCGAGGUACAGAAGGUACCUCUGGUAUAUGGUUACGGCCGUGCUGGAGGUGUCUUAAUGAUCUCUGGAAACAAAUCCUAUUUAACCAGAAGUAUCGAGUUUCCCCAUGAUAUGUUUUACAAAUUGUUAAUGUCCUUCAGCCGCAACUCUGUGUCCGCACUUCGUUUGGGUCUGCCUGCCGGUGGUAAUUAAGAUGAAUCACUUGGGUGUGAAACUGCUGGUUAUUUAAAAGCGCAGCUUCAAUUUAAAAAUCACAUUUCUCUAAACUUUUUGUAUUGCUCGGAUUCAAGUUACAGCCAACAUCCGUAUCUGUUGCUUUUCAAAUUGCUUUGUGCUGUUCCGAGACAACUUGGGCGGCGAGUGUCAGGGCCACCUACAUCACGUGCCCUUUCAAGGUUUGUUCUCUCAGGUCACCAGUUAUUGCCCGUUUCUGUGGAAGUCACAGUUUUGUCACUGUGGACCAAAAGCUUCAGACCCCUCUGAAUUCUUGGUAAGGCCCUUGUGAACCGUGACUCGGCUCGGUGCCAGUAGUGGAGGGGGGGAACUAAAGGAUGAUUCUGAGACCCGUUUCGUUGCAAGUACGAUCUAUAACUUGCAUGUUAGGUGUUCAUCCACUCUGUUCCUGGU